ACUUGCCCGUACCAACGGUAGUCCCUGGCGUGGAGGUAGUAGAGCAGCAGAGUAUUGCUAGGUAAAUGCAAGCAGCAGAUGGGCAGCGAGUGUAGGAGCAUGUGACUGUGGGCCCACACGUGUGAGCAGUCUGGGGUCUACUAGGAUACCUACAAACGGGGAGUAACAUCAGAUUUUCUUCGAUGCAGUUUGCCAGGAAAUGAGAGCCAGCACUGAGGAUAUUGGGCCAAGGCGUUGAGCAAUUGCUGGCCAGCCUGGAUGUUGGGUGCCCCCUCCAGCGUAGGUAUCACUAUCUUAUCUAUUGGAAACGAUAGGAUAAAGGUAGAGGAAAGGUAGGUAGGGCAGGAACACUGGUGGUUUAUCAAAAGAACCUGCAUACGGCCUACAGGUUUAGUUUUAUUGUUAAUCUCGUUUAAUUUUAUCAUUAGAUAUAAUCCUUGUAAGCUUCUUUAUAGACGAACGACGGCAAGAAUGAGUGAGUCGUCGAAUCUGUCGGUUGUGUCAUGGGCCACGGCACCUGAAGGAAUGGAGCAAAGUAUACUCGCUGGGAAGCAAAUGCUGGGUAAACGAUUAAUUGACGGUUAUAAGGUUCUGUCUAAGGAUACUAAAGUUAGCAGUAAAUCCACAACCACGUCUUCAGGGAGUGAAACGGGUUCAGGAUCCACUCCGGUGUUCAAACAGGUCCAAGAACAUAGUUGUCCACCCCAAUUUGUCUAUUUACUUCAUGACUUUAAGGAUGAAGAAUAUUUUGGUACUUAUCAGUACUAUAAAACUAGUCAAAAUCUGUAUCCACAUACUCCAAGAUUACCAGAAGUUUUAACAUUGCUUAAGUUAUUCAAAUGUUUUAAUAAUAUGAAAAAAAUGGUAUUGAAGUAUCAUCAUACUAAAAAUCCCAGUAUUAGCUCAAAUACUAUCUGGAAAGCUUUCUUAGGUAAAGCGAUUAGAAGGUUUAUUAUAUUCAUAAGUAUAUUAAAGGCCAAAUUCCCCGAUCCAAAGUUGGUUAAGCCAAUGAGUACUAAUAAGUUGUUUGAUAUGAAACCGGGGACCUCGUCAUUUAGUAAGACUAUGAAUGAAUUAUUACCACCAAUUGAUAUAGUGUUAGUAUGGUAUUGUUUCCAUAUGUUUAUUGGAGAAGCUUACGAUAAUUACUCAAGAAAUAACUUCACGAAAUUCUUGUUUCAUCCAUUCCCAUUAUAUCAAGUGAAUAAGGCGAUUAAAAAUGAUGAUUUUAGUUAUAAUCCACUGCAAUUCCAGAAAAAUAAUUUUGAAGAUUUAAUUAGAGAAUACGAUUAUGACUUACCAUUUGAUGAUCUUUAUAAUUUAUCAAUUCAAUUCCCAGUGAAAUGUCCCAAUUGUUAUAAUACUUUAAUUGAUAAUUGUAAAUUAGUUGAUUUUAUUGAUUCAAAUUUUAAAAUUGAUAUUGGUGACUCAAAUUGUAAAUGUCAAUUCAAUCUGAUAAUAACUCAUGAAAAUUUAAAGAUCAGACAAUUAUACGCUGACUUGAAUAAAGAUCCUAGUAUCCCAAUGCCAACAAUAUAUAAUCAAAGAUUCUGUCAAUUACAAGGAUUGAACCCUAAUGAUAUCGAUAUUGAAUGCGAUGAUUCCUUUUUCAAAGAUUUAACGUUUGAUCCAAAUGAUGAUCCCAACUUAAAACAACUCAUUCAAUUAUUUGAAAAAAUAUCACAAUCUCCAAAUUUGAAUAAUCUUCAAGUUUUGAAAACUUAUCAAACUUAUAACUUAUGGCAUUUAACCAUUCCUUCAAAUAAAUUGAAAAAAGUAUAUCCCAUUGAAAUAUCAAGUAACGUUCUUUCGCUAAUAAACAUCGAAGAAGAUUUCAUUUCAAAACUUAAUCAAUUAGAUUUAUUGCAAAGUGAUCAUAUCGAAAAAGUAUAUCGUCAAAGUUUAGAUAAAUAUCUAAAGUUCAUGACUCUUUUCAAAAAUUUGAAUUAUGUGAUUUCAACUUUAGAUAUUGAUUUGAUUUGGCAUGUUCACCAAUUAUCAUUAUAUUCUUAUUAUCAAACUAUACUACCUUUAGCCAAUAAACUAACUGAUAGAAAUCAACAACUUGAUAAAAAUGCUACUAAUGAGUAUUUUGUUCAACUGAAUAAUCAAUUCAAGUCUAUUUUUAAUCAAUUUUUAACUAAUUGCCAUUGU